AUAACAAUUGAAAAAAAAAAAACUCCUCAAAUCCAAUCUCAUCCACAAAAUUUGCCUUUGCACUGCUCUCCAUAAUCUCAAUCUUCAAUCUCCUCUAACUCACUAUAAAGUUGUUUAUGGCUUCAGCUUCUCCUUCUCAAGCUAGUCUUCUACUUCAGAAACAGCUCAAAGAUCUCUGUAAAAAACCAGUUGAUGGAUUUUCAGCUGGUUUGGUUGAUGAAAGCAACUUAUUCGAAUGGAGUGUCACCAUUAUUGGACCCCCAGAAACUUUAUAUGAGGGGGGUUUCUUUAAUGCUAUCAUGAGCUUUCCUCAAAAUUAUCCCAACAGUCCGCCUACGGUUAAAUUUACCUCAGAGGUUUGGCAUCCUAAUGUUUACUCUGAUGGAAAGGUCUGCAUCUCAAUUCUUCACCCCCCUGGUGAUGAUCCAAAUGGUUACGAGCUUGCUAGUGAGCGUUGGUCUCCCGUCCAUACGGUGGAGAGCAUAAUGUUGAGCAUCAUAUCAAUGCUUUCAAGUCCUAAUGAUGAGUCUCCAGCUAAUGUCGAAGCAGCUAAGGAAUGGAGAGACAACAGAGAUGAAUUCAAGAAAAAGGUUAGUCGUUGUGUAAGACGGUCCCAAGAAAUGACGUAAAACUAACUUCUUUCGUCAUCAGCUGUCGAUUGAUACAAAUGUAGAAUUGCUUGUCAAGGUCAUACCUCUCUGUAUUAUUAUGCCUUUUCGUUCCGCGAAUUCGGUCAUUGUUUUGCAUUUUUUGUUAUAACCUAAGUUUUGAGGUUCAUUAUUUCAUAGCUCUAAAGAUGUUUACUGCUGGUCUCACAUUGUCUGUAUUUUCCUUUGUAGUCUAGUAGAUGUUAAUGUACAUCUCAGAAAUGAGCGAAAUGAAUCUUUCUUAUACUUCGAUUAUCAUAUUAAUUUGUUGUAGUUAUUGUUUCA